AUGCGAUGCUUUUUCAACGGCACUGUGCUGACCAGCCUGCUCCCGCCAAUGCUGGCAACGCAGUUUGUUCUGGGAAUUCUUGGAAAUGGCGUCGCCCUGUGGAUCUUCUGCUUCCACGUGAAACCUUGGAAGAGCAGCACGGUGUUGCUUUUCAACUUGGCCGUGGCUGACUUCUUGCUGAUCGUCGUCUUACCUUUUCGUGCCAGCUACUACAACUCGGGCCUCAAUUGGAUGUUCGGGAAAACAAUGUGCAACAUCUGCCUUUUCAUGCUGCAGCUGAACCGCAGUGGGAGCUCCUUCUUCCUGAUGGCCAUCGCUCUGGACAGGUACAUGCGUGUUGUGCAUCCUCAUCAUUCCAUUAACCACCUGAGCAUCGGGAAGUCUGCGUGUGGCGCUGGCAUACUUUGGGUGCUGACCGUGUCCAUGACCGCUCACGUCAUGACUCUCCAACACACCAACACCACCUACUGCGAGAGCUUCAUGAUCGACACCAGCGUGAAACAGACUGUCAGCUGGCACACCUUCGUCUUCAUUUUUUCAUUUUGGGUUCCCUUUCUGGUGAUUCUGUACUGCACUGUCCGCAUCAUCGGUCACCUCAGGGGUCGACAGCUGGCUCAGCACGGCAAGAUCAAAAAGGCUCUAUGUUUCAUCACGGUGGUCUUCGUGCUCUUCAGCAUCUGCUUCCUUCCGAGCAACAUCACACAGAUGCUGAUUUGGGCCAAAACCCAUCAAGCAGUGAGCACCUUGCCAGAGGACCAAGUGUGCAGCGCCCUGGACAACAUCACCACCAUAUUCUACAGCACCAUCAUCCUGACGUAUCUCAACAGCGCCCUGGACCCCGUGGUGUACUACUUCUCCAGCCCUGUUUUCAAGAACUUCUUCAGGAGGACUCUCCGUCUGCCCCAGACAGACGCCACUGAAAGCAGCGAGAAGAAAACUCGCGAGAGCGGCUCCCAGUCGCUGAGUCAGCUUUGAUCGGACCGUUCCCUGAUACUGCAGAAAUGAUUUCCUAAAAAGCGCAAUUUUGCUUUGAUUACACAGUAACUAAGCUAAAUGUAUGUUAAAUGUAAAAUGUAUUUUUUUUAUGUUU